GACUGUUCCCAGGGAGAGAGAAGCCGUCUCGGGGCCGCACAAUGGCGGCCAAGAUGGAGAUAACCCUGAGCUCACAGUCCCACACGCAGGCUUCUUCCAAGCAAGAGAGACACAUAAUAGCCAAGCUAGAAGAGAAACGGGGGCCCCCUCUGCAAAAAGACUGUCCUGAUCCUGAGCUCUCCCGCCAGAGCUUUAGACGGUUUUGUUAUCAAGAGGUGUCUGGACCCGAAGAGGCGCUCUCCCGGCUCCAGGAGCUGUGCCGGCAGUGGCUGCAGCCCGAGGUGAACACCAAGGAGCAGAUUUUGGAGCUGCUGGUGCUGGAGCAGUUUCUGAACAUCCUGCCCCCAGAGAUACAGGCUCGGGUCAGACAUCGGUGUCCCGUGAACAGCAAGGAAAUUGUCACCCUGGUGGAAGAUUUUCACAGAGCAGCCAAAAGACCAAAGCAGUGGGUGGCCGUUUGUAUGCAGGGGCAGAAGGUGCUCUUGGAGAAAACUGGAUCUCAGCUUGGAGAACAGGAACUGCCACAUUUUCAACUGCAAACUCCUAGGAGAUACCCUAGGGAGAGCUCUCAGGAGGAGAUUUCCCAGGCAGGAUCCCAAGACCAGCUGAGCCCCCACCAUUGGGAAAAAUCCCCACUUUUCCAGGAACCAACCCCCAAAUUGGCUGGAACAGAGGCCCCCCGAAUGAAAAGUGACAACAAGGAAAAUCCACAGCAGGAGGGGGUUAAAGGAGCGAAGCCAUGUGCAGUGUCAGCUGGUAGAUCCAAAGGGAACGGUCUGCAGAGUCCUGAGCCGAGAGGGGCAAAUAUGACUGAACCCCGGUUGUCAGGAAGGCAGGUGAGCCCCUCAAAUGCUCAAAAGCCAUUCACCCACUACCAGAGACAUUGCAGGGAACUAGAAUACAGCAGCAGCUCCCUAAAAAACCACCCACUGAGAGGGCUGAAGAAAAGCAGAGCAAGUAGAAGAAGCCUGAGCAGCCGUCUGCAGCGCCUUGCUCACCAGCCAGCCCGCUCAGCGCGGAAGCCAUACAAAUGCGACGACUGUGGGAAAAGCUUCACGUGGAAUUCAGAGCUGAAAAGACACAAGCGCGUUCACACAGGGGAGAGACCCUACACAUGCGGAGAGUGUGGGAACUGCUUUGGGCGGCAGUCGACCCUGAAACUGCACCAGAGGAUCCACACCGGGGAGAAGCCGUAUCAGUGCGGCCAGUGUGGGAAAAGCUUUCGCCAGAGCUCCAACCUUCACCAGCAUCAGCGACUCCACCACGGGGACUGAAGACAGGGCUCCGUCCUUCUGCCCAGAGGGAAGGUGUUUGUGUUUGUCCUACCCCCACCUGCAUGUGAAUCUCAAAGACUGUCCGCGUGACUUACAAGGAAAGCCGGAGGUCCCUGAGGAAUGUGGCUGGUGAGGGGUCCCAGAAGCUGGGGUCCCAGAAGCUGAGGUCCCAGAAGCCGCAGUGCCCUCCCAAGGGCAGGGGAAAAGCAGCCCCGAGAAGUGGAUAGCAUGUGGGCUGCCGAGGUCGGAGGGGCCCUGCUACUCUCCUUUCUCACUCAGGCCAGUAGCUUUAGGAACAAUAAAAUGACUGGGGAAAUGAAAAUGUUCCACAAUUAGACUAUUUCAGUACAUUUACUAAAAGUUAUAAAGGAUUUGAUUUUGUGAUAAGUAAAUUAUACCUCAAUGAAGUUUCUAGAAAUGACAAAAUAUGUAAAAUAUUAAAGCCCUGGAACUAGUCCUGAGAAGGCAUCUCAUCCCUCCCCUUCAUUCUCUCAAAGUGGAAGUUAAAACCCAAUCAGUAUGCAAUUCUUACUCACCCGGGUAAAGCUAGCUGACCCCGCAGUUCAGAAAAGACGUGUGGCAGAUGGGUGUGCUGCAUCCAGCAGAAAACAUCUGGGUGGCAUUCCUCCUGAAGUGCCGCUGCCAGUUGCCGGGGCUGUGGCCUGUGCUCUUCGCGCCCAGAAUCUCACCUUCCCCCUGACCGCAGAGGGACAGGUGCAUGCAUGUGCACCCUCACUCUCCCAGCUGUGCACACACCAUGCCCUUUGCCCCUGGGACCCACCACCCCACCUGUCCUCCGCCCCCUCCCAUCACCGGAGUUGCCUAUCCUCAGAGCCUCGCUGACCAGGCCGACUUAGACUCAAUCAUGUGUCUCCCUGUUCUCUCUGCCUACCAGGGGUGCUCAAUGUGGGAGCAGAUCUGCCCCCCAGAGGACAUUGGGUGUCUGAAAACAGUGUUGGUUGUUACGACUUGCAGGAGGGUGGGUGCUCCCGGCCUCUAGUGGCUAGAGACCAGGGAUGCAGCUAAAAGCCUUAGGGUGCACAGGACGGUCCCCACGACAGUUACCUGGUCCCAAAUGUCAGGAGUGCCAGGGUUGGGGAACUAUGUACAUAACAAAAAGUCUUUAAGGGCAAGAACCUUGUGUUUUCCAUCGUUGUAGCUUUUGGACGUAGCUCACACCCAGUCCAGAGGAAGAGGCGCUCAGUGAUCGAUGAACUGAAGUGCCCUGCUUCACCCUCAGGACCCAUUUUUGCCUGAAUCAGAUCUGGUGACAGCUGUUGGGUGCAGUGGACAAAGCCUCUUGUCUUGUGGCCAGAGAGAGACUUAUUGGGUGCCCAGUGGCCAUUUCAUAGCUUUUGGUGGUACUUUAAGACUAAUUCGUGGUCCCCUCCCCAACAGCCAUGUUAGGUGUGGAGUUCAACUCCGUUGUUAGGUCUUCCUUCCCUCCCUCCUGUCUGCUGCUUCUCACCAGUCAGGGCCUCUCCAUCCCUCAAGUGUCCCCCCUUCCCUCCAGGACCCAUUUCCAGGCCAGUGUCAUGGAUGUGACUUACCUGACCUGAGUUUCGUACCCAUGCUCUAACAGAGGACCACUAGCUUAAGACAACACAAACAUUUCUUAAGUUCGAACGUUUCUGAUGUUCCAGACAUGAGAAGUCCAAAAUCAAUCUCACUGAGCCAAGUCAAGGUGUCCGCAGGGCCGAUUCCUUCUGGAAGCGCGGAGGGAUGCAUCUGUUUCCGUCCUUCCUUGGUUUCCAGUGGCAGCUUGUACUCCUUGGCUUGUGGCCUCUUCCUCCACCACCAAAGUGGGUCCCUCCAAUCUCUGUCCCCAUAUGACCUCCUCCUCUUCCUCCGACCCUCUGACCUCCAUAAAAAGACCAUUAUGAUUACACUAGCCCCCCCACCACUGAUAAUCCAAAAUAAUCUCCCUGUCUCAAGAUCUUUAAUCACAUCUGAAGAAUCACCUUUGCCGUAAAGGUAAUGUUUGCAGGUUGCAGAGAUUAGGGUGUGGACAUCUUGGGGGGACGCGGACCAACCACGCUUGCGUACAGAAUCAACUUGGUCAAAGGUCUCUCCUAAGAUGAAGGCUCACGGAUCGCCAGUCCCCUCGGAAGUGCUGGGGCAGAAACUCUACUCAUACAGGAGCUUUGUCUGCUUGGCAUGUUUUAAGAAUCCACGUGUGUCUUCUGUCUUCUGAUUCAGAGUCAAUAAUUGCUGAAGUAGUUAUUGAAUGUUAAUAUCUUUGGGUACCUGUUCAACUGCGGACCUUGAAUAAAUGUGAUAAAAUUGCCACUCUGGCUGUU